AUGGGUCUCUUAAGCCGUUUAUUAGGCAAGAAAGACGCUGCCGCCGGUAGCUCUACAGACUCGGCCACCCCCAAACGUUACGAAUAUGACGGCCCCAAGAUCCCUCAAAAGCCUCUUACGCCGCGUGAGAUUGAGGAGAUGCACGCUAAACUGUUCCCCGCAAAACACGAACCUAUAGAGCCGGAGCCUUGGUGGCCUCUGUACGAUCCUGAAAGCGGAAAGCCACUCUACGAGAUAUCCUUGGAAGACAAGUUCUCUGCCAGUCCGACGGAUCAACCCCAGUCACCGCUGUUUCGUCUGCCGCCAGAGGUUCGCGCCCAGAUAUGGAGCUACGCCAUGGGUAGCCAGAAGCUAUACCUCACCUCGAAGAAUGAGCGUCUCGUACAGGCAGAGAAGAUGAAUGAGUUUAAGUGGUGGCCGAAACGAGGGCUAUUGAACGUUCCAAUGACUUGCAGAGCAGCUUACCUCGAGUCCAUCUCUUGCCUCUACUCAAACAACAUAUUCUGUGUUGGCUUUGGCUCCAAUGACAAUAAGGUACCCCUCACCUCGAUAGACAUUUUGCUGCCCCCACAACAAAUCGCGGCCAUACAUCGUCUCGAGGUCGGUUGGCACUUUAUCCGCGGCUACACCCAGUACUAUGACAGUCACCCGCAAGCCUGGGACUUCUCUAUUGUCAUCUGCUCGCCUGACAGCGAUCAAGUCUGGAACGAGUUUUGCGCAAAGAUGGCGCAGCUGUCUAACUUGAAGACAUUGAAGAUUGUUGUAUGGACUUCCGGUGACCGGAGAGCAGAAUUCAAGGCAUUGGAGAAGGAGACUUUGGCGCCGUUGCAGCAAAUGAAGCAUCUGAAGGAUUUCAACAUCUUUCUACCAUGGCCGCAAGAUGAUAAGACCUUGUGGCAGGACGCGCCGUUUAGUAUUUCGAGAAGAUUCGAGGAUAGAAGUACGUAUGGUGUGAGCAUCCCCAAGUACUAA